AUGAAGACGACUAAGAGGAAGAGACAACUAUCUGAGGAUCGAAACCAGAAUUUACAAUCAAAUUUGAAUACACAGGAGAUUAAGACUUCAAUUCCUUUGUCUUCUAUAUUCAAUAGAAUCUUACAAGAUGUUUCAAAAAUUAAGAACAAGUCAGCUCCAAACAAGCAACAUUUACAAUCACAGGUUCCAUUUGAUAACGUUUCUGACUGCAACAAAGGAGUCGAGACGUCUGAUACUCUUUGGGAUAAUGAUGGAUUUGAAGGACAUUCUCAAGCAAGUUACGACGUUUUCAGUGACGGAAGUGAUACAGAAUCUGAUGAAUCAAACCAUGGCCAAGAAACAUUAGACAGUUUGGUGUCACAAAAACAUAAACUUCAAGUGAAGAAUAUGGCUGAUAUGAUGAAAAUGUUUUUUGGUGACACUGGGAAUACCAAACCAAAAACUGUAGCUAAAGAAACACAAUACAUAGACGAUGGUAAUCCUACGUUCAAGUGUGAAUAUUGCAAAGCUAUUUUUUGGUAUGGUGAACGUUUAAAUCGUAAGAAAAGAACCAGAAAGGAUCCCCAGUUUUCUCUGUGUUGUGGCCAGGGACAAGUUAAGUUGCCUCUAUUAAAAGAGAGCCCGAUGGUUAUUAAGAAACUGCUUUUCGGGAAUGAUUCCAAGAGCAAAUAUUACCAAGAAAAUUUAAGAGCACUGAAUAUGGUCUUUUCCUUUACUUCUCUUGGUGGUAAAGUUGAUCGUUCAUGUGGGAGUGGCAUACAGAUGUUUCAACUACAAGGAGAAAACUACCACCUAAUGGGAAGUUUAAAACCUGAUAUUGGUGAAUCUGCUAAAUUUUCACAACUAUAUAUUGUUGACACUGACAGAGAGGUCGAUAACAGGGAUUCAGUCAUCAGCAAAUACAAGAAGAAGGCAGAUAAAGCUAAAAAGCAUUCUUUGAGAAAGGAAAUUAUUGAAGAUAUUAUUAAGGUGUUAGAUGAUGUCAAUCCCUAUGUCAAGCAGUUUCGAUCUGCCCGAGAAAGAUUUGAGGGUUUAACGGACGAUCAACCUUUCCAUAUGAGGAUUGUAAGUAAUCGGGAAAAAGAUGGACGGAACUAUGAUACACCAACAGCUUCUGAGGUUGCAGCUCUAAUACCAGGUGAUUUUAACAUGGACAUGGACCAUCGUGACAUUGUCUUACAGGAAAAACAGACUGGGUGGCUUAAAAGAAUAAGUGAGAUACAUCCGUCAUACCUUGCUCUUCAGUAUCCUCUUAUUUUUACAUAUGGUGAAGAUGGUUUCAGACUUGGAAUUAAAAAAAGAGCAACGCCAGCAACUGAGAAGCUAAAGAGGGCUCAUAUUAGUAUGAGACAAUUUUUUGCUUAUCGAAUUCAAGAGAGAGAUGGCGAGUGCCAUACCCUUCUUCAUUCAAGAAGACUGUUUCAACAGUUUCUGGUCGAUGCAUUCACUACCAUUGAAACGAACAGGAUACGAUUUUUGAGGCAGAAUCAGAAAAGCUUGAGGUCUGAUACUUAUGACUCGAUCAAGCAAGCGGCUAAUGAAGGGAAAAUAGAUAUGAACGAUCAAGGUAGUGAGUUUAUUUUGCCAGCUUCGUUUGUUGGGGGUCCAAGAUACAUGAAAAACAACUAUCUAGAUGCAAUGGCGGUAUGUAAAUACUUUGGUUUCCCAGACCUUUUCAUAACAUUUACGUGUAACCCGAAAUGGCCAGAGCUUACAAGGUUUUUGUCAAAACGAAACUUAAAGGCUGAGGAUAGACCAGAGAUUAUUUGUCGGAUUUUCAAGAUGAAGCUAGAUUCUCUUAUGACUGAUCUAACCGACAAUGAGCUCUUAGGGAAGACAGUGGCAUCAAUGUAUACUAUAGAGUUCCAGAAACGUGGUUUGCCUCAUGCUCAUAUAUUAUUGUUCAUGCAUCCAAGCUCUAAGAUACCUACAACUGAUCAUAUUGACAAGCUAAUUUCAGCUGAGAUUCCAGACAAAGAUGAAGAACCACAACUGUAUGAAGUGAUUAAAGACAUGAUGAUUCAUGGUCCAUGUGGAGUUGUUAAUAAGAGUUCACCAUGCAUGGAAAAUGGUAAAUGCUCUAAAAUGUUUCCAAAGGUGUUUGUAGAAACAACAACAGUGAACAAGGAAGGGUUUCCAGUUUACAGGAGAAGGGAUAACAACCGAUUUGUGGAAAAGAAUGGCUUCAAGUGCGAUAAUAGAUAUGUUAUACCCUAUAACAAAGAACUAUCACUUCGCUACAAAGCUCAUAUCAACGUUGAAUGGUGUAAUCAGACAGGAUCAAUUAAAUACUUAUUUAAGUAUAUCAACAAAGGUUCAGAUCGUAUUACAGUGGUUGUUGAGCCAACAGAAAAGGGAGGAACAUCUACUGACCGCGUGAACGACAAGAAUUCUGAUCCAGAAAAGAAAAACGAAAUAAAAGAUUUUUUUAAUGGGAGGUAUGUUUCAGCAUGUGAAGGUGGAUGGAGGACUCUUGCAUUUCCAAUUCAUUAUAGAUCAGUACCUGUGGAGAAAAUUUCUUUCCACUUACCAGGGAAGCAAAUAAUUAUUUUUAAAGAUGAUGAUACAUAUGAGGAAGUGACAAGUCGUGUGUUAAUUCAGGAUACAAUGUUCAUGGGCUGGUUUGAGCUGAAUAAGGUUAGUGCAGUUGCAAGAAAACUAACUUUAGUACAGAUUCCAACGAGGUUUACUUGGAAUAAAAAAGAGAGGAAGUUUCAUGAAAGAAAAAAAGGUUUAAGCAUUGGGCGGAUUAACUAUGCACCACGAAAAAUAGAAGAAGCCUAUUAUCUGCGUGUGCUGCUAAAUAUAGUGAGAGGACCAACUUCCUUUGAAGAUAUUAGAACCUACAACAAUGUUCUUUAUCCAUCUUACAAAGCUACAUGUGCUGCUCGGGGUCUGCUAGAAAAUGAUCAGGAAUACAUUGAUGACCUUAUCACUACAAGCUUUUCAAGUUCUGCAUCCUAUCUGCGUCAUUCUUUUGCUCUAAUGCUAAUGUCUAAUAGUUUAUCAAUGCCUGAAAACGUGUGGAAUGAAACAUGGGAAUUGCUUUCGGAAGACAUUCAAUAUAACCGCAGGAAACGCUUAAACAGACCAGGAUUGUGUCUUAGUGAUGCCGAUAAAAAAGAUGGUGCUCUUACUGAGAUUGAAAAGAUUUUGAAGAUCAAUGGAACCUCUCUUGAUAAUUGGGAUUCUAUGCCAAAACCAUUUCGCGACGGAAGAGACACUCAAAAUGUUCUGAUCAUGGAUGAACUCAGUUACAACAGAGACGAGUUAAGAAAGGAACAUGAGAGAGACAUCUUAAAGUUGACCGAGGAGCAGAAAAAGAUUUAUGAAGAGAUUAUGGAUGCUGUGUUAGGAAAACGAGGUGGAGUAUUCUUUGUUUAUGGAUUUGGUGGAACCGGAAAAACAUUCUUGUGGAGACUGUUAGCUGCUGCAAUAAGAUCAAGGGGCGAAAUUGUUUUAAAUGUUGCUUCGAGUGGAAUAGCGUCUCUUCUAUUACAAGGAGGAAGGACUGCACAUUCAAGAUUUAGUAUCCCUAUAAAUCCUGAUGAGUUCUCGCUAUGCAAUCUGAUAGCAGGUUCAGAUGCUGCUAAUUUGGUUAAAGAAGCUUCUAUCAUAAUUUGGGAUGAGGCACCAAUGAUGAGUAGACACUGCUUUGAGUCAUUGGAUAGAAGUUUAGCAAGCAUUAUGAAGAGUAAAGAGAAGAAGCCUUUUGCUGGGAAGGUUGUAGUUUUUGGUGGAGACUUCAGGCAAAUAUUACCAGUUAUCCAUGGUGCUUCAAGGGCUGAAAUUGUUUUAGAAUCUCUAAAUUAUUCCUAUUUAUGGAAACAUUGCAAAGUACUAAAACUAACUAAGAAUAUGAGGUUGCUUUCAAGUGGUAUGACUGUUGAGGAGUUAAAAGAACUCAAGGAGUUUUCCCAGUGGAUUUUGGAUGUGGGAGACGGAAAGGUUGGUGACGACAAAGAUGGUGAGGCAUUAAUCACUAUUCCAGAUGAGUUUCUUAUUAUGGAUGCAGAUGAUCCAAUUGAGUCGAUAAGCACAGAAGUCUAUGGAGAUGUUUUAGAUUUGCAACAGAAAAAAGACCCUAACUUCUUUCAAGAGAGAGCUAUUUUAUGCCCAACUAAUGAGGAUGUCAACAAGAUAAACGAGCACAUGUUGGAUAAGCUUCAAGGAGAAGAAAAGAGUUAUUUAAGUUGCGACAGAAUAGACCCAUCAGACACUGGAUCUGUUAAUGAUCAAGCUCUAACUCCAGAUUUUCUCAACAGUAUCAAAAUUUCAGGUUUACCUAAUCAUAAUCUUAGAUUGAAGAUUGGAUGUCCAGUGAUGUUGCUCAGGAACAUUGAUCAUGACGGAGGAUUGAUGAAUGGGACAAGAUUGCAAAUCGUAGAGAUGUAUGAUCUAUGUGUGAAGGCAAGAAUUAUAACUGGAAAGAAGAUUGGGGAGGUUGUGUUGAUUCCGAGAUUGGCCAUAACUCCAUCAGACAAGAAAUUGCCUUUCAAGAUGAAGAGGAGGCAGCUGCCACUUGCUGUUGCUUUUGCUAUAACCAUUAAUAAGAGUCAGGGACAGUCACUCUCACAUGUUGGUAUAUUCCUACCUAAACCAGUCUUUUCUCACGGACAACUUUAUGUUGCUAUCUCAAGAGUUACCUCGAAGAAAGGUUUGAAGAUUUUGAUUGUUGAUGAGGAUGGAAAGCCUCAAAAACAAACAAAAAAUGUUGUUUUCAAAGAGAUUUUUCAAAAUCUCUGAAUUUGUUUUAAUUUCCGAACUUAUGAUUUUAUUUUAUACAAUUGCAGUUUUUACACACAAUCACUUAUGAUUAUUUUAGACAAUUGCAGUUUUUACACACAAUAUGCGUGUGUGUUUACGCUCAAAAAAUAUAAUUUUGAACUUUGGAAAAAGUUCAUGUCAUUUUAACAGACCAAAUUCAUGGAUAUAUACAAAUAAUUCAAACCAGGAUGAACUUAGCUAUCUUAUCUAACAUAACAGGCAACAUACAAAUCAUUCAAAGAAUUUUGUUCUAAGUUUGAACUUGGCAUCCUUAUCUAACAUGUCAUGAUUCGUUCUAGACAACCUAUUAAUUUGUUCUCUGACCAUCAUCUGUCUAACUAUCAGGAUGAGCUUUGUUUCAUCAACUAGCUAUGUAUAAAGCUAAAUGUCUUAUGAG